UUAUGCGCAGCGAAAGAGCUCAGAAACGUGCUUGCCAGGCAGAGGAACGAGAGAAGACUGUGAUGACUUUCAAGACCGCAGCCCACAGUGCGGCGCCACCUCAGAGUCUGUAUGUGGACGCCCUUGGCUCCUCCCACAUGGCCAGUCACAGCGAGGAGCUGAGGAUCCUGGGGGUCUACGGAAAAGGGGAGGGCCCAAUGGCGCUGGACGGCCAUGACACCCUCUUCAAAGCGUCUGAAAUGGAGGCCCUGAACUCGCUGUCUGCGGACCACAGCAAGACCACGGGCCUGGAGCUCGGCGAUCGGUUGUUCCGCCGUGAGGAGCUGAGUGUGCAGCAGCAGACCCCAGACACCAUUUCAAUCAAGGUUGAAGAGGAUAUUGAUGGAGGCAUGCCCGCUGUAGAAGACUGUGAUGACUUUCGAGACCGCAGCCCACAGUGUGGCGCCACCUCAGAGAGUCUGCAUGUGGACGCCCUUGGCUCCUCCCGCAUGGCCAGUCACAACGGGGAGCUGAGGAUCCUGAGUGUCUACGGAAAAGGGGAGGGCCCACUGGCGCUGGACGGCCAUAACACCCUCUUCACUGCAUCAGAAGUGGAGGCCCUAAACUCGCUGUCUGCAGAACACAGCAAGGCCACGGGCCUGGAGCUCGGCGAUCGGUUGGUCCGCCGUGAGGAGCUGAGUGUGCAGCAGCAGACCCCAGACACCAUUUCAAUCAAGGUUGAAGAGGAUAUUGAUGGACGCAUGCCCGCUGUAGGGGGAGAUGAAGCGUUGCCUUCUCAGCAGGACCCUUUGACCCUUGACCAAGGAAAAGAAGACUGCAAUGACAUUAGAGACCGCAGCACACAGUGCGGGGCCCCCUCAGAGAGUCUGCAUGUGGACGCCCCUGGCUCCUCCCACAUGUCCAGUCACAACGGGGAGCUGCACAUCCUGAGUGUCUACGGAAAAGGGGAGGGCCCACUGGCGGUGGACGGCCAUGACACCCUCUUCACUACGUCCAAAUUGGAGGCCUCGUGCUCGCUGUCUGCGGACCACAGCGUGGCCAAGAGCCUGAAGCGCGGCGAGCGGUUGGUCCGCCGCGAGGAGCCGAGUGUGCAGCAGCAGACCCCAGACACCAUUUCAAUCAAGGUUGAAGAGGAUAUUGGUGGAGGCAUGCCCACUGUAGAAGACGGCGAUGACUUUGGAGCCCGCAGCACACAGCGCGGCGCCACCUCAGAGGGUCUGCAUGUGGACGCCCCUGCCUCCCACAUGUCCAGUCCCAAUGGGGAGCUGACUGGGCAUCGGGGAGGCCGCAAGGGCCAGCCCUGUGACUUGUUUGGCAAGGGUUUUCCCGACAAUACCAAGAUGACCAUCCACAUGGGUACCCACACCAGCAAGAAGCCAUACGGGUGUGACCAAUGCAUGAAGCGCUUUCAAAGCAAAGGCUACCUGAAGAUCCACAUGAGGACUCACUCUGGGGAGAAGCCCUACAGGUGCGACCAAUGCUUGAAGAGAUUCGGACAGAAAGGCAACCUUGACAUCCACAUGAGGACUCACUCCGGGGAGAAGCCCUACAGGUGUGACCAAUGCAUGAAGCGCUUCGGACACAGCUCCAGCCUGAAGACCCACAUGAGGACUCAUUCCGGGGAGAAGCCCUUCAGCUGUGACCAAUGCGUGAAGCGCUUCAGUCAACGCUCCAACCUGACCCUCCACAUGAAGAUUCACUCCGGGGAGAAGCCCUACAGUUGUGACCAAUGCAUGAAGCGCUACAGUCAAAGCACCAACCUGAAGCUCCACAUGAUGUCUCACUCCGGGGAGAAGCCCUACAGGUGUGACCAAUGCAUGAAGUGCUUCAGUCAAAACAUCAACCUGAAGAUCCACAUGAGGACUCACUCCAGAGAGAAGCCCUGCUUGUGUCUGCAGUGCGACGCCAGCUUCAGCGACCCGAGCAAUUUGCGUGUGCACAUGCUCAAGCACACGGGCAAAGGGGUGAUUUGACACUGGGCAACGGAACGGUUUGAUUGACACCUCUAUCCUGUAUUUGUUGAAAUGACUGCUGUAGGUUUUUGGCAUUAUGAUAAAGAUACUUUCCAAUUUUUGAUUCGCUUUCUGUUGUAAAUAAUUGAUGUCAGUAUGAUGAGAAAUAAGAAUAACCUUUUUUUGGACACUUUUUUUUUUCACCCCGCACCGCUGGGUGGAAACAAGCAUUAUGGUGCGUUUCCAUUUGGAGUUGGUUGCACCACAUCUGGUUCUACUGGAGUUUGACUGACUGGGUUGCUAGGAAUCGCAACCUAGAGAAUCGAAGCAAAGAAUAUUUCGAAACUGAUCUUGCACUUACCCACUUACCAGAAACUGUCCAUACCUGCAGUAUGGACAGCUAUAGGAUCGUGAGGAGAUAUUCACUGAGUUUUUCUCUCUCAGUUUCAUAUUCUUGCCUCACACGUUCUAAAGCAAUCUGUUUACACCUCUCAAUCUCUCUGCUGUUAAAAUGAAAGCCCUGCGGUCCCCCCAGGAGUCACAAGCCACAACUGGUGUAUUGUAGUGUAUGCCUGUUUUAUUUUUUGUUGAUGCAUGUUGUGAUGUAUCUUUGUUCGUACUUUUAUUGCAAAUAUAUAUGACCACCGAUUGCC